AUGGUCAACGCAGUCUUCGGUCUUCUUCUCACCUCCGGCCUCGCCGCAGCUCACAUGCAGCUGAGCUGGCCUUAUCCUUUGCGCAGCGCCUUGGAUCCCGAGAGCGAUCCCUCAACCAUUGAUUAUUCGAUGACCAGUCCUCUUGAAAGCAGCGGAUCCAACUUCCCAUGCAAAGGAUACCACAAGAACACUCCCUGGCGCACCACCGCAAAUUGGGCCGCUGGCGAAACAUACAACAUCUCGUUGUCCGGCUCCGCGACCCACGGUGGAGGAUCAUGCCAGCUUUCAUUGAGCUAUGACAACGGCAACACGUUCAAAGUGAUCGAGUCCAUGAUGGGCGGGUGCCCGUUGACCACCGAAUAUGACUUUCAGCUUCCUGGCGACGUGGCUGACGGCAAAGCCCUGUUUGCCUGGUCUUGGUUCAACCUUGUCGGCAACCGCGAGAUGUACAUGAACUGUGCCGAUGUCGAGAUCACCGGGGGUAGUGGCAGUUCUGCGUCUUUUGAGGAGGCCUACCCGGAUAUAUUUGUGGCUAAUGUCGGCAAUGGAUGCAAGACGGUUGAGAAUAAGCACACGGUCUUUGCUGAGCCGGGUGAGCAGGUCAUCUACGAUGACGGGGUUAGUGAGUCGUCGGAGCCAUUCCCAGUCUGUUAAGUGGAAGUCAUGUAUGUCGAUAUGUGUUGGGGCUCAAUCGGCUCUUUUCUGUUAACAGUUUCACUGUUGCUGUGCUCUUCUGUUUCAAUGAUUCAAUCCAAUGCGUCUGUUCCUUUGAUCAUCCACUCAAACGCCCUUUCGUACUUGAAGACUGUCCUGCCCUGAAAUGGUACGAGUCUGUCAUAUAGUAACAUGAAGCAAAGCACCGUUCUGCCAGUAGGGCUGAUGAAAGCAGUGAGUGUUCACCAACG